GACAUGACUGUUUCCAACAAAAUGUUGUUUACUUGUUCUAUAGUGGCGCUGUUUCUGACAGCCAUUUCCGUUUCCAACGGAUCAGACGACAAGCGUAUCCUUCUCAGUGAUCCACAGUAUAUCCAACAGGAACUGACGAGAUUCCAGUCCGAAUUACAAGAUAUGCAAGUUAAGUACAACACACAGAACACCAAACUAACUAAUCUACAGGUAAAGUACAGCAGCCAGAAUACCGAACUCAACAAUCUACAAACAAAGUACAGCAGCCAGAAUACCCAACUUGCGGACAUACAGACCAAGUACAUUAGCCAGAAUACACAACUAGUAGACCUACAGACCAAGUACAGCAGCCUGAAUACCGAGCUCGCAAAUCUGCAGACAAAGUUCAACAGUCAAAACACCGAACUCAAAAAUCUACAGAGUGACAAAGGAGCUGUUGUUACAAGGUGGGGAAGACGAGACUGUCCUGCCAAUAUAACAACAAAAGUUUACUCUGGUUAUGCUGGUGGGUCUCAGUAUACCUCUACUGGAGCCGCAGCGGAAUACGUAUGUAUGCCAAACGACCCUAUCUGGGGACCUCACAAGGAUCUGGUAUAUGGCGAUACUGUUGGCUUCCUCUAUGGGGCAGAGUACGAGGAACCAGGAACACCCGAAANAUAUGUAGAGGAUGUACCGUGCGCCGUCUGUCUUGGUACACAACACACCGCCUCUCUCAUGAUUCCGGGUAGGACGCAAUGCUAUCCAGGAUGGACGGAAGUGUAUCAGGGCGACCUAGCGUCUGGUCACCAUGGUCACACGGCAGCCUCACAGUACGUUUGUGUCGAUGGGGACGCUCAGGCUGUGCCCGGGGGUGGUACCCAUGACGAGAACGGUAAACUGUUCUAUGGGGUCAAAGCGAAGUGUGGAACACUGCCCUGUCCACCGUAUGAAGACGGAAAAUUUCUUUCGUGUGUUGUCUGUAUGAAGUGA